UGUGGGUGGGUCAGGAGAUCGAUUAGCCACGCCCCCCAGAGCGCUGAUUGGCCUCCAAAUUUCGCGGACUUUGACACGAGGAAACCUAAAAGAAACUUUACACAGAAAGAAAUUUGGGGUGAAGCAUUAAUCAUAUUUGUAAAGAUCAACUAUGGCUCAAAUCAACGGCCAUAACAAUAAAACAUGGGAAUCUCAUAACAAGAUGAUGCUGGAACCUCUGAGCACAAAUGAUCCUGAGGUCUUUAACAUCAUAAAGAAGGAAAAGAAGCGGCAGACGUAUGGAUUAGAGCUCAUUGCCUCUGAGAACUUCACUAGUCGGGCUGUUUUGGAGGCUCUGGGUUCCUGCAUGAACAACAAGUAUUCUGAAGGUUAUCCUGGUCAGAGAUAUUAUGGAGGCACGGAGCAUGUCGAUGAAUUGGAGCGUUUGUGUCAGGAAAGAGCUCUCAAGGUAUACGGGCUCGACCCGGAGAAAUGGGGAGUGAAUGUUCAGCCGUACUCUGGGUCACCUGCAAACUUCGCUGUAUACACUGCCAUCGUGGAACCUCAUGGGCGUAUCAUGGGCCUUGAUCUUCCUGAUGGCGGCCAUCUGACCCACGGCUUCAUGACUGACAAAAAGAAAAUCUCAGCUACUUCUAUUUUCUUCGAGUCUAUGCCGUAUAAGGUCAAUCCAGAAACUGGAUACAUUGAUUAUGACAGACUUCAGGAAAAUGCUCGUCUCUUCCACCCAAGACUAAUCAUUGCAGGCACCAGCUGUUAUUCCCGAAACCUGGACUACAGUCGCCUGAGGAAGAUUGCAGAUGAGAAUGGAGCGUAUCUUCUGGCAGACAUGGCUCACAUCAGCGGUUUGAUCGCAGCAGGAGUCGUUCCAUCUCCGUUUGAAUACUGUGACAUUGUUUCCACCACCACCCAUAAGACCUUGAGGGGCUGCAGGGCAGGAGUCAUUUUCUUUAGGAAGGGAGUUCGUAGUGUUGAUGCAAAAACGGGCAAGGAGACCCUGUAUAACCUGGAGAGUCUGAUUAACCAGGCAGUGUUUCCUGGACUGCAGGGCGGCCCUCACAACCAUGCCAUUGCAGGGGUUGCUGUUGCAUUGAAGCAGGCUCUGACUCCAGAGUUCAAGACCUAUCAAUUGCAAGUUCUGGCAAAUUGCAGAGCUUUAGGAGCCACCCUCAUGGAGAAGGGUUACAAAGUUGUUACAGGCGGCUCAGAUAAUCAUCUCAUCUUGGUUGAUCUGCGUUCAAAUGGAACUGAUGGAGGAAGAGCAGAGAAAGUACUGGAGGCUUGUGCCAUUGCCUGCAACAAGAACACCUGCCCAGGUGAUAAAAGUGCCUUGCGCCCCAGCGGCCUUCGUUUAGGCUCUCCGGCUCUUACAUCUCGAGGACUAUUGGAGGAUGAUUUCCGUAAGGUGGCCGAGUUCAUUCACCGGGGCAUCGAGUUAACAUUGGAGAUCCAAAGAAACAUGAAUCCUAAAGCAACUUUGAAGGAGUUUAAAGAUGAACUGGCUCAAAACGAGAAGUACAAACUGAAAACGAACGAAAUUCGAAAGGAAGUCGAAGACUUUGCUGGAAAGUUUCCAAUGCCUGGGUUGCCAGAGUUAUAAUUAUUGUCAUUCUCACUAUUUGCUUUUCCGGAAAUAAAGAUUUCUGUUGAUUUAAAGGGCACAAAGGCUUGAAUACCACUCAGCAAUCUUCAUGCACCUCAAUGAGAUGAUCAAAUGAUCUGUUUUUGAUCUCACACAUUUAAUUGGUUUCUGUACGGUGUUUCUAGUCUUUCAUAUCCGUGGUUAAACCCACUGUGGAAAAAGCUUCGUAGUCUAUAAAAAGUUUUACUGUGCACUUAAACAAAUCAACAAAGAAGAAAGAAAAUAACCAGCUGGCACAAUGAAUUUGUACAUGCAGUGCAAAUAAAGCUGGAACAUUCUAAAUGUGAA